AGAAGAAUGCCAAGACGGUCUGUUGCCAUGCGUAAACGCAUUGAAAACCUCCACAAGAAUAAAGCUGCUAAAAAUGAACAAAAGGACCCAAAAAGAAAGAAAGUUGAAUCUCCAGCCACAUCAUCAACACAACAGGAACAAGCACCCAAAUCUUCAGCUACAGUUGCACCAAAAUCUGCAAGUCCACGAAAAAUAAUUGCUCGGUUCAAAAUCGAUAGUCGUAAACUUCAAAUGGAAGUAGCAAAACAAAGUGCUGCUGAGGCUGCUGCUGUCGAUGUGGCUUCAACAUCAGCGUCCAGCUCCGAUGCGCAAGAAUUGACAAUAUUGAGAGAAAAAUUAAAACUAUCCGAGGAGAGAAAUUUCAGUUUGGAGACUCGCCUGAAAAUGCAAGAAGCAGCGUUUCACAGGAAACUUCAAGAAGUUAAAAACGAACAAGAUGCCGAUAUGAAGCAAAAGUACACUAUAUUGGAAAACUAUAGUGUUAUGUGCAAAAAGAACAACUUGCAAUUGGUGGCGGAGUUGAAAGAGGCGAAAUGUGAAAUUGAAAAGAAGACGAGAGAAUGUGCUGAUUUGAAAAUGGCAGCGGCUUUCUACAAAUCCAGUAGCAAAUAUGCUUCGACUAUUACUCCCCAGCGAAAGCAAGUUGUGAGUCCAGGCAAGGAUUCGAGUCCAUCAACGUCCACUGCAAAAGUCGUGAAACCUGCAGAGUCACCCUUAGCAGCAGCAGGCAAAGCCAUUAAUCCCAGAGACAUUUUACUGUUUUAAAUUGUACAUUUUUACUGUGAUUUUUAGAAUUUAAUAAAACAGUCCGUAUAU